CAGCCUCCGCCCCCUGGUACUAAGGCGCCCUGCUGGCCGCGCUCGCUCACUGGCCCUGCGUCCCGGCUCGCUGAGCGUACGCCCGCGCCUCCCGCCAAGACCUCGCCAAAAUGCCGUCUCAAAUGGAACAUGCCAUGGAAACAAUGAUGUUCACGUUCCACAAAUUUGCUGGGGACAAAUGCUACUUAACGAAGGAGGACCUGCGGGUGCUCAUGGAGAAGGAGUUCCCUGGAUUUUUGGAAAACCAAAAAGACCCUCUGGCCGUGGACAAAAUAAUGAAGGACCUGGACCAGUGCCGAGAUGGCAAAGUGGGCUUCCAGAGCUUCUUUUCCCUCAUCGCCGGGCUCACCAUCGCCUGCAACGACUAUUUCGUCGUCCACAUGAAGCAGAAGGGAAAGAAGUAGGAGGAGGCAGACUGGAAGGAUCUCUCUCACCCUGACCAGAGGGAUCCCAAAGAUUUGCUUUAAGGGUUCUAUCCCACGGCUUCUCCCCUGUGAGGAUUGCAUGAGCGGGCUGGGGCCCUUUAGGAUGACAUGUACACAUCAAAGCCAGGUCCCACCUGACAAGUAGAGAAAGGAAAGUCAAUUGCAUGCCAGAUAAGCUUUUGGUUUUUACAUUGUUUGCGUCCUCUUGCCCACAAUAAACAAAUUCCUUUUUUAAUACCUAA